UCGCAGGAUAGCGACAAAGGUCAAGCAAGCUGUGUUUUUUGGAACACGUCUAGUCCUCGCGGUUUCUGGUCAGAAGCAGGCUGUCAUUUGACAAAGAGGAAUUCCAGUCAUACCACGUGCCAGUGCUACCAUCUGACAAGCUUUGCUGUGCUCAUGCGCGUAAUCGACAUACCAGACAAUGACGUAAUGAAGAAACACCAGUUUGCAUUGAGCCUGAUUUCGUACAUUGGUAUCUCCAUUUCCAUCCUGGCUUUGUCCAUAUCUUUUCUCACCUUCGCGUUCUUAAGGUUUAGAAACACUCGUCACCGUUAUUUUGUUCAUGCUAAUUUGGCGCUUUCCCUCGGUUUGGCGGAAACUUUAUUUCUGUUCGGCGUUACCAAGACUGAAAACAAGAUUGUCUGUAAAACAAUCGCUAUCACGCUACAUUAUCUAUUCCUGUCGUCGUUCUGUUGGAUGGCGCUUGAAGGAAUCGUCCUUUACCUUUUGCUCGUCAAAAUCUUUCGCACCAAGACUCGGUCAGCAAGAGACAAAGCUGUGUUCAUGCUGUGUGGUUGGGGUGUCCCAGCUAUUAUAGUUGGUGGGUCUGCUUUGUUGUUUCACGAAGGCUAUGGAACAGAAGAAUUCUGCUGGUUAUCUUUCGAAAGGCAUUUUACUUGGGCCUUUGUAGGACCGGUACUUCUCGUGUGUUUGUUGAACUUGAUUUGCUUGGGGAAGACGUUUAUGAUCAUGUCAAGUCGAGGAAGCAUAAAGGAUAGCGACACAAGCAUCGAGAAAAUAAGGUACUGGUCUAAGGGCUGUGCGCUACUUUCUUGUCUUCUUGGCCUGACUUGGAUUGUUGGAGUAUUUGUAGUCAAUCAAGAUACCAUAUUUAUGGCUUACCUCUUUAACAUAUUUAACACGCUACAGGGACUCUUGAUAUUUCUCUUUCACUGUGUCGGGGAUGAAAAGGUGCGCGCAGAGUAUUUACGCAUAAUCCGCUGUCAAACACGCUCGCAGGCCUACGGUACAGGUCGUCCCUUGUGGAAUAAAUCAGACUCAUGUAGUCGUUCUAGAACGUGGGAGGAACGACAUGGGAAAAACAGAAGAAAUACGUUACAAUCAAAUAUAGACUCUUCAAAGGCCACUCAUACCUCCAUUCAAAAAAGGACAAACAUAGUGACUGGCGAAGAUGACGUUACUUUACGAGAAGGAUUAAACCGACCAAUGGAAAUGAGUCAGAUGUAUGGAACAGUAGAAGAUGAUUGUGUGCAGAAUAAUGAGGGAACCGAGAAUCAGCCGACAACACCAACAGCCGAGAGUUUGAUUUAUAGAGGAAAUCAGCUAGAAAACUUUGAACCAGAAAUGAUACAGAAUUCCGAGGAAAGCAGGAGGGACAUUGUACCAGUUGAAACCGGUUUGACGUGUUCUUGUGAGAGUGCUUCACAGCCUAAUCUCCCGGAUGUUAUACUGAAUGACUGUAACAACCUCGACAAAACUAAAAACGAUUCCGAGGUCUGAAGAUUGACAAAAAAUGAGCAUCUAAUCAGCCAGUAGAGCAGGCAAUUUUACAUGUUUCUUUUGAAUGGAAUCAUAAUAUGUGUGGUGGGAGAGGAAAAAGAGAAACCUCGCUUGUGCGCAUGCGGGCAACAUGUGCUAACCAGCUUCCUCGCAGUAAACUAACUUCUAGUCCUACAAUGAGGGAUAUAGCUUCAAUAUUGGUGGAAACAGUUUACACCACAAAAUAUGAAAACUGCAUUUUUUGAACUUGGAAUUGAAAGCUAAAGAUAUUUCGCGGAGAAGGCAAUAAUGUACAAGAGCAGUAGAAUCGUUCUCAGCUUUCUGGGAAGGAGCUAGUUACAAUAAAAGGCAAGAUAUGGAAGUCCCUGGACUCACUGUGGAGCGAGAUUGAUAAUUAAUCGUUGGAUAAAUUUUUCGCACAAAGAUAAUAUUUGGUCCAAUUUUAUGGAUUAUGCGAGUAGCCGUAAAUUAAGAAAUUAUUCCGUUUUGUAUGAUGCAAAAAUAACGCAAUCUUUAUUUAUGUCAGUGGUGUUUUAUCUCCUUAUUAACAUAAAUUUAUUGAAAAUUAAACAUGUAGAAAUGAUAAAUUUGUAGCGUCUUUGACCUGUCUGUCAGCGUUUGUGAAGAUAAGAACUUUGUACCGUUUCCUUUCAAUCUUGGUACUAUAACUCAAGUUAGAAUUCAGUUACGUCAACCUUUUAAUGUUAGUAGUUAGUGUCUUUGUUCCCUCUCA